CGAAGCUUAGCCUCUGUCUGAGUCGACUGAGGCUUGAUCCCGUGCUAAUCUCACUGAACUCUCAGGCAUAAGUUAAGUAGGCAAUGCAUCCUCGUAUGUUCAUUUGCCCAUAGCCGCUCGUUUCCGUUGGCCGACAUUCGGAGCUGGCCCUACCAGGCCUCCCAGCCUAUAAUUGCCCUUUCUGGGCAAUACAACUCACAGGGAUUAGAUGAUGUGUUUCGUUUGGUUCUCUUCUCUUCUCUUCUCUCUCUGCUAGCAGUGUCACCCACAGGGGUUCUUACUUGUAAAACAGCACCUGAUGUUCCUCUCGACAGGGCAUUCGAGCGCAUACACCGCUUAUGUUAAAGGCUUCAGAGGAUGUCAUGUUUGCUGAAGUAGGCAUCCACUUGAAAUGUCCUGAAGAAGCAAUCAACACAUUAGCCAGUCUUGGAGUAGGGAAAAUAUCCGUUCCUAUUCCUCUCGGGUUCUAUGACUCUAUGGCGUGCAAUAUCCCCGAAGGCUCCCUGGAGAAGUUUUUUUAGUGGGAUCUAGCGCUGAAACUGGAAAUUUACAGCGCUACGGGCCACCAACCGCCCUUCAACAAUCCUUCCAUCAGCGCUGUUGCUUAGCCGCACGUGGCCGUGGUGUGCUGUGCCUGCCAUUCCCGAGGUCAGUGAGAUCAAAUCAUCAAAGGGUCCCCCCCUUGAUCAACCCUGUGCGCCCUCUAGGCCCUGUGGCUUACCGGACCGGUCUUCGGCCUGCUACGCCGAUUCUCACUGAGAGUGAGAACUCAUGAGGCUAGUGCACUUCUAGAAAGAAACCUAACAGAUUCACUCGGAGACAGGGCCCGUCUGAUCUUCAGUGCACAGUCUAGACAGCAAAGAGCCUGCGGGUGCUUUACCGAGACAGAUCAGGAGGACAUGCAUGGACAGAAGGAAAACAAUGGCUGGCUGGACUGGGUCACUGCAUGAAGUUACACUUCGUUCAACUAACAUAGUUGACUAGGGCAUACAACGACACAGCACAGCAUAAUUCCAUUCCAGGACUCAUAUGAAGAGAUUUUCUGUAGCAAAUUGUUCUUUUCAACUUUCCAGCGGCCACAACCGGUCAGCGUCGGUACGCGUCUUUGCAAAAGGACUCCAUCGUCGUUUACUUGGUCUAUUCCAUCCAUGGGGGAAUAAACCUGGUCUUACGAUUCACGAUCGAACUUCGCAAGAUCCAACAAGUCCUUGAUGACCCACAAUGUACUACGUUACGCGACACUGUGCUGUAUGUCCCUGAUGGGCAUCAGAUCAGAAACGUUGGAGCAUGCCAAGGGAGCAUUAGCCUGGUGCGUACCGUUCGUGCAACAUUCUCUUGGCCAACCGUAACACCGCAUUGCGCCCAUAGGGACUGUGCCAGGGUUUGUAGUAGACUGUGCUGGUGUUGAACCCACCUUGCUGGUCGCACGCCCUUCGGCGGUCUCCAGGUCACAGACCUACCCAUAACCCACACGCCCAAAGGGGUUACAGUUACAGGGCUUCCAGCGCGCGAGCAGAACUGGCAGAGUCAGGCGGGAGCCGCCUGUCAGUGCAUAUCCACCAAGGCGCCACUUAACAAGCUCGCCAUAGCAGGGCACCUUGGGCUAUGACACAUCGUUUCCCCCAGGGACUGAGCACGAGUCGAAGGCUCUGAGUUCAGAUAUUUAGUCUUGGUGAUGCCCUCGAUCUUUUCACUCGAAAGGACUCUCCAUAUCUUCCCCAGAAUCAUCUUGGUCUAUCUUCAAUUUCCCCAGACUCACAUCUACAUCUACUAUUAUCCCGGGUUGACAAUAGUUGACUAAAGUUAGUCCCCAGAUAUAUCGACUUACAAAAAGUCCACUUACACACGAACGAAACAACACAACGAUCAACGACAGCUACAACAAUUGGUUAUCUCGAAGACAUUAGAUACCAAUUGACAUCUCAGUCACUCGCUCUUCACAGAAGUUACGAGAAAAACGAAAAACAAAUCUACCACUUACUCGCGCCAUCCGCAGUUAGCAGCCGGCACUCAAAAAUCCUUGCACACCACCUCGGAACAGGUUUGAGUGGCAGCAUCGUCAUAACCGACUUCGCAUUGACGAAGCUUGCAACAUUUGCAAAGUCAGAAGACCAGUUGCCCCUGGCUAUCUCCCGCCGUAUACCCCCACAUCAUACGCCGGCGUCAACAGCACCUACAGUACUAUUUCCGGUAUUACAUCACACUGAAGAGUUUUUGCGAAAACUCGACUCGUUCACGCGAGUGCUAUUUUAGCCGCCAACCCCCACCAUCAACCACAAAAGAGAGCGUCUUACAAAAGGAUCGCUCACUACCGCCGCCAUGCCCCACCGCGUGGCUAACUUCAUCCGCACCUCUUCUGGCAACAUUGCUCAGAUCAAGAAGGUUGCUCGAUCACGCACAAACAGCCCCUACACGUCAGACGGCGAGGAUCGACCUCAAAUCCACGCUGUCAAGAUGGCCGAACUCGCAGAUGCCGUUAAGAAGCAUCACCGCAUUUCUCUGCCCUUCGGCAAGUCCCACAAGGAACAGCCCUCAGAUGUUUCCAUUGACUGGAGUAUCGAGAGCCCACCUGUGGUUUUCCACGGCAACACUGAGGAGAGCACUGGCGCUCUCAUCACUGGACAGAUGUUCCUCGAUGUCAAGGAGGAGGUUGUCGAGGUUGGAAGCUUUGCCGCUUCUCUCAAGCUUCACAUCUACCAGAAGAGGCCCUACCAGAGCCACUGCACAGAUUGCCAGAACCAAUACACUGAGCUCAAGAGCUGGCAGUUCCUAGCUCUCCCCACCACACUCCGCAAGGGUCGUCACCCAUUCCCUUUCUCUAUUCUCCUGGAUGGCCACCUCCCCGCUACCAUGGAUACUCCCCUCGUCGCCAUCUCAUAUGAGUUCAAGGCUGAUGCCUAUGUCACCAAGAGCGUGCACUCAUCCAGUGGCUCCGUCACGCCUGUGCGAUUCGAGCGAACUGUCCCGGUUAAGCGAUCUCUCCCCGAGAACGAAAUUCCUCACCACUCUGUCCGCGUCUUCCCCCCUACCAACAUCAAGGCCAGCGCCCACUACAACAACAUCAUCCACCCCACCGGAUCCAACACUGUCAGUCUCCGACUUGACGGUCUCAUGAGCCGCAACGACAAGGCCAAGACCAUUGACUUCUGGCGACUAAAGAAGGUCACAUGGAGACUCGAGGAGACCAUCAAGACCGUGGCCCCUGCUUGCGACCGACAUGCUCCUGCAGCUGAAGACACCGAGAAGAAGAGCCUUCCCCGCAACGAGGUCCGCGUCCUGGGCGAGAAGCACCUCCACGAUGGCUGGAAGUCUGACUUCAGCGGCACUGAUGGCAAGGUCGAGCUUGAAUUCGAUUACUUUGCCAAUCAGUACAAGUCUCACACCAAGGAGCUCAAGUAUGCCUGCGACACCAAGUCUGCUGAGGGCGUCGAAGUGACACAUUCACUACUCAUUGAGCUUGUUGUCUCUCGGGAAUACGCUCCCGAGGGUAAGCCUCAACUGGCUACCCAAACCGGCACCGGCCGCAUCCUGCGAAUGCACUACGGUGUUGUCAUGACUGCUCAUGCUGGCAUGGGUGUCAGCUGGGAUAACGAGGCUCCUCCGGUCUACCAAGACGUUCCUCCUAGUCCCCCUGCCUACCCUGCCAUUGAGUCCCCGGUUGAGUACGAGAGCCUGGAGCACCUCGAUGCCCACCGACUCAGCAGUCUUUCCAACUCAUCAGAUGAUGGCAGCCAAUAGAGCUGCCAUCGAUGAGAUUUAACAUAUGUCUUUUAUUGCUUAAUAUUUGCAUUUUCCUUUGUCAACAACUGCAUGAGACACGCGGCGAUCCGAUUUGCGAAAAGAAGAUACCCCAGAAGCGUUGAUAGGAAGGCUCAGUAACUUCCACCUCUACAUUAUAAGGAAAGGGAAUACAGAACACAUGGGAAAUGACUUUUGAAACGGAGUUUUGGAGUACAAAAAGUUACAGUGGACUGGAUAUCAGGGACGCAAGAGCCCAUGUGUUGUAUAGCUAUCAAAGCUUCUGUAUCUAGUUAUGACAAGAAAGGCCGCCCAAAGAAGCAGGCUUAAAAACAUUGAAUAAUUAUGAACCAUUUCAACUCUCAAAGCUUGACGAUACUCUCACGUGAAUUAUUGGCUACUUGGCAACGAGCCAGUUUCUGUUUGCUCAUUGACUCGCAUAGAGCAGUCAACCGGAUUCUUGGUCUAGAACAAGAUAAGUGGUGUGAGUCAGAUGCAGCCAAGCAUGAGGCGUCCGGGGUUAGAUAACCGAGGCACUCUUUUACAACCCAAAACAGAAGCAAUCUUGAAGUCUGAUAAGCAAAAACCUGGGGUUUGUGGGCGGACAACAACCCGCAGUCAGCCAUGAUAAGUCGGGUAGUCUAAGAGGUCAGUGUCACAAGCAAAAGCGGUGCACACAUUGCACAGAAUGGUUUGGUAUGUGAGUUUGAGCCUGAAAGGCGGGAGAUUCUCGGGUCGACCAAGAACAUGCAGCGUUGAUCGUCAAAAGUGGUGGUCAGUCUGUGAUGCAUGAUGGAUCACACGACGUGCAGAGACAGCAGGAUUCUGCAAAGUACCAAAAAGAUUGUGUCAUUAGCGUGCGGACUUGGACUCCCGGUAUAACUUGCCAGAAGAGGGCGCAGUGGCUUGUUCAAAGUAUUGCCCGGAUGCAGCAUCCGUUAUGGCUUUGGUCUUGUGUGUCACAUCUCAUGUGAGUUGAUGGCGUACAUGUUUGGUGGGAUGGUGAAAGCUCAAGAAUAUAAAUUACAAGCUUGGUUAGAUUAAUAGCUACCCAAGCUAUCUGGGAAAAUAUGCUUGUUUGAUGGGGCCUGUCUUGGCUGGUUUGGGAGUUGGAGAUUGCUUGGAGGGAUAUCUGCCGGUCCCGUGAUCGGAUGAACUUGAAGUGCACAAAGAGGUACAUUUUGUUCUUAGGCUUCAGGACAAAGCAGUGAAGGGGUCUUUUCUUUCAUAUAGCAGUCGGCAUUAGGCCAUGCGACGUAUAAUUCUUUUCUUCAACGGCUUGUUGUCCGCUUCAUCUCGAAACACUGGCAUUACAGAUGUUCUUACUGCCACCUUGGCUUCGGAAACAUACGCCCUGCUGAAUAUUUAAACAUCUACCGGAAGGCAAAUUUGCAUUUGGAGUGAUCAUAACCAG